AUGAAUGUCAUUGCUUGGAACUGUAGGGGUGCUCUGAAGCCCGAAUUUCAGAAUCAUGUGAGGGAGUUGGUUCAAAAUCAUAAUCCAGCAAUGCUCAUUGUAAUGGAGACUCGUGUAGGCGAGGACAGAGCCAAGGCGAUCACAGAUAAGCUUCCUUUUGACGAGGCCAUCCACACGGAAACUAUAGGCCAUACAGGCAAAUUGUGGUUGUUGUGGAAUACAGAUAGGGUUGUAAUAUCUCCUCUCACCACUAUUGAGCAAGAAAUUCAUGUCACGGUUAAGGUGAGACCUUCUGGCACUCAAUGUUUUUUAUCUGCAGUUUAUGCUAGUCCUAGAUUUAAUGAGAGAUGUAUUUUAUGGAAUAAUCUUGUUAAUGUGGCUAGUUUGCAUAGUAGCCCUUGGAUAAUCGCAGGGGAUUUUAACGAAGUUCUUGCAGAUAAUGAUAAGUUUGGGGGUAGAACUAUUAAUGCCAAUAGGUCCCUGUUAUUCAAGGAUUGUCUGGACUCCUGCAAUAUGGUGGAUUUGGGCUUCUUAGGCCCUAGGUUUACUUGGUCUAAUCGCAGGAGAAUUAGAGGUCUUAUCCAAGAAAGAUUGGAUAGAUUUUUUGUAAACCCAGGGUGGUGCACCCUGUAUCCGAAUGCUAGAGUGUCUCAUUUAACUCGGGGAUGCCUGGGUCGUACAAACUGUCUUGAGAAAGCAGUUGAGAAGUUUGCUAAGGAUGCUACUGACUGGAACCGAAUUCACUUCGGUAACAUUUUUGCUAAGAAGAGGCAUGUUAUGGCCAGAUUAGAUGGAGCUCAGAAAGCUUUAGCGGAAAGGCCGUCAAAUUUCUUAGUUGAGUUAGAGAAAGAUCUCCAGAGAGAGCUCAAUGAAGUGCUGAAUCAAGAAUAG